CAUUCAUUUUCCACAAAACUCAAUAUAAAACCCCUUAACACCAUAAUCAUACAUAUCUACUACAAUUUCAUAACCAUACCUUAAAGUGAUCAUGAAGAUUCAAAAGCAAUAUCUCCUAUGCAUUUCACUAACCCUACUAGUUUCCCUCACUUUAUCAUCCCUAUCUCCUGCCACCUCACCAUCUCAAACUCAAACUCAAACACCAACUUCAUCCCCAACAAACCCCUUAAUCCCCACAUUACCCCAACCUCCACCAAAUGACAAUAACACCCCUGAAACAUCUACAACCGACAUAGUCCAAAUCCUUAAACAAGCAAACUCAUUCAACAUCUUCAUCCGUCUCAUGAAAACAACCCAGCUAAUCAACCAACUCAACUCCCAACUCCUAACCAUAAAAUCCGGCGGCUUAACAAUCCUUGCACCAGAAGAUUCCGCUUUCUCAGAACUCAAACCAGGCUUCCUCAACACACUCUCCAAUGGCCAAAAACUCGAACUACUUCAGUUCCACGUUGUUCCUGAUUUUGUAUCCACCUCUAACUUCGAUACUUUGACUAACCCUGUGAGAACUCUCGCCGGAAACAAACCUGGAAAAGUUGAACUCAACGUGAUUACUUAUAAUGGAAAUGUGAAUAUUUCAACUGGAGAAGUUAAUACGACGGUUAGUGGAGUUAUAUAUACGGAUAAACAUCUUGCUAUUUAUAGGAUUGGGAAAGUGCUUAUUCCGUCUGAGUUUUUUCCUAAGAAGAAAGCUGUGGUGGCGCCGGCUUUGGCACCGGCGCCUGUGAUUGAUGAAGCUAAGGCGCCGAAAGCGGAGAAGGAGAAACCGGUUUCUUCGGAUGAUUCUUCGUCGCAGGUUGUUCCUACUUUGACAUCUGGUGGUAUGAGGAUUGAUAUGUGUGGAAGUUGGGUGGUUCUUGUUGUUGGAAUUGUUUUGGGAGGUUUUUACAACAUGAAGUAAGCUACUAGCCUACUACUAUGAUAUAUUGGUGUUUGAGUGUUUAUGAUUCUGCAUGGAAAGUGAAAAUGGAGGGAAUAUGUGUAUAUCUCUAUGAAUUUUAUUCUAUAAUUAAAAGUGUACUAUAUAUAUGUUAUGUUA